GUCCGAUUCCUUGGAAACUCUGCGGCGCAGCUUUUACUUUAAAGCGGGAUCAUGGCGGCUCCGCUCGGGCGAGACACAUUACCUGAUCACUGGUCCUACGGAGUCUGCAGAGAUGGCAGGGUGUUUUUCAUCAACGACAAAACUCGCAGCACUACUUGGCUCCAUCCCCGCACUGGUGAACCUGUCAACUCGGGACACAUGAUACGAUCAGAUUUACCUCGGGGAUGGGAAGAGGGCUUCACCGAGGAAGGCGCCAGCUACUUUAUAAACCACAACCAGAGGACGACAACGUUCAGGCAUCCUGUGACAGGACAGAUCUCCUCAGAAAACACUGACUUCAUUUUACAGGACCAGGCAAAUUUACGUAUGUCCAAGCCACCACCAGAACCGAGGCCUUCCAGCAUGGUAAGCGAGUCAUCUGUCGCCAUCUCCUUGUCCCCUGCAGAUGCCACCUCAGGAUCCAGGGUGAGACGUCCUGCUUAUCAGAGAUCAGAGAGUGUGAAAGCCAGUGGGAAGGUGCAUUGCUUUGGCAAGCGUGAUCAUUCUAUCAAAAGGAACCCAAACUUGCCGGUGGUGGUGAGAGGAUGGCUCUACAAACAGGACAGCUCUGGCAUGAGACUAUGGAAGCGCAAGUGGUUUGUGUUGUCGGAUUACUGCUUGUUUUAUUAUAAAGACAGUCGAGAGGAGACAGUUCUUGGCAGCAUUCCUCUGCCCAGCUAUGUCAUUUCACCUGUGGGACCCGAUGACCACAUCAGCCGCAAGUAUGCCUUCAAGGCCUGCCACACUGGUAUGCGCUCGUACAUUUACAACAAGAAUUCUCUGGUUGGCUCGCAGGCCGAGCACUGUGGCAUGAGGACCUACUUCUUCAGCGCGGACACGCAGGAGGAUAUGAAUGGCUGGAUCCGGGCCAUGAACCAGGCAGCACUGAUGCAGAGUCACGGCGCGAAGAGAGACACAGAAAGAAUAUCAAAUCCCGAGCAUGUGGUCCCACAGACCAACCACUUCAGCACCAGCAUCAAAAGCUCCUCCGCGGCCGAGGGCCUCCAGCAGGCAGUGCGAGGGGAAGUUACUGAGCUGAGGCUUGAGCGAGACAGGGAAGAGUGUUAUGUUUACAGCAAGGAAGCGCCAGACGAUCCUGUUAAAAUCAUCUCCACUGGAGAGAUGGAGAGAGAGGGGCUUUCCACAACAGAUGCCCAUUUUCGCCCGCCGUCCACAGCACCCACACACAGGAAUGGGGUGUCCUCAGGGAUCCACCCGGAUCAGAAUGGGAAUGCUGUGUAUAAGAGGGGUCUCAUUCCCCACACGGACACAGAGAAAAAAGUUCAAAGGAAAACAGCAUUGGCUCAGGUCGAGCACUGGAUGAAGGUGCAGAAAGGAGAUCCCAAAAGCCAUCCAACCUCUGAGUACAGCCUAUCCCGUCGGACCCCUCCUCUCCAGCCUAACUCCACCAUGAUGGAGACGUACCGAUCGUUGCCAAAGACCAUGCGACACCACUCUGCAAGCAGUUCACCCCCAGUGCCCCACAACCUGCCCAGCGACUACAAGUACGCCCACGACCGCCUCAGUCACUUCCGAAUGUCCACAGAUGAGCGGCUGGCCACUAAAGAGGGCAUGGUGUGGCAGCUCUACGAGUGGCAACAACGCCAACAGUUCCGACACGGCAGCCCAACCGCUCCCAUCUAUACCGGGCCCGACUACAUGGACACGGCUGCCUUCAGGGUCACUCUGGAGAUGCCAAGGUCUAUAUCUGUGCCCCCAUCGCCGUGUGACUUAGCCCCACCUGGGCAUCCCUCAAAAUCCCUGUCCCCACGCAGGCCUCACACUCCUGCCGACAGGGUGACGGUACGCCCGCUGGAUGACUUCGCCACCUUGGAUACGUCCAGUUUGGGUUCUCCCAGAGGACUAUGUUCCCAGAUUUCAAAGACGUCACUGAUAGAGAGGAGAUCCAUGCCAACAAUGGGCUACAUCACGCACACGGUCAGUGCGCCAAGUCUGCAUGGCAAAACGCCAGAGGAGUUGACCCUGCUCCUCAUCCAGCUCAGGAGACACCGGGCCAAGAUGGCCAGCGUGCGCAGUGACACGUUCACACACCUGCAGAACCAGCACAACGGCCUCUCAGGCCCCAGUUUGCAGGCAGAUGACACUUACCUGCAGCUGAAGAAGGACCUGGAGUAUCUAGACCUGAAGGUGACCGGACGCGAUUCAUUUAGAGAUCGACCACCUCGGCCUGUUAAAAUAGCUGAAAGUGACAUAGAUGUAAAGCUGAGCAGGUUAUGUGAGCAGGACAAGAUCCUUCAAGAGCUGGAGGACAGAAUACGCACACUCAAAGAGGACAAGGACAAACUAGAGUCAGUUCUGGACAUUUCCCAUCAGCAGAUGGAGCAGUAUCAGGACCAGCCCGCCCAUGCAGAGAAGAUAGCCUACCAACAGAAGCUUCUGCGGGAGGACGUGGUGCACAUCAGAGCGGACAUCUCACAGGUGUCCACGGAGAUGGAGAACGCUUGGGCAGAGUACAGCCAGUUGGAAAGAGAUGUAGAUAGAUUGAGAUCAGCUCUUCAAGAACAGAUGAACCACAGUGCUGUGUCUCAGCAAGAGAAAUCUCAGUUGAGGAAAGAGCUGUGGAGGAUUGAGGACGUGCUCGCAGGCCUGAGUUCCAGCAAAGCAAACUACAAAGUCACCAUUGACUCAGUGCGGAAUCCAGGUGAGAGCGGGCCUCUGCCUGCCACCACCCCCAUACACUGGAACACGGGCCGAGAGUGGAAACUCGUGCCUUCAGCGUCAUUGUCCGCAGUGCCUUCUCUCUCUGCAAGCCCUUCCAUGGGAGAGCUGAAAGCCAGGCAGCACAGCCCCCACCUCAGCCCGGUGCAGUCUUCCCAACAAGGACUUCACAAGCCAAAAUGGCCUGAAGAAGAUGCUCCACCAAGACCCCCCCUCCCUCACCUCUACAGUCCUGAUGAACAUCCCCCAGCUGUGCCACCUCUCCCCAAAGAGACCUCUGUCAUCCGACACACAUCAGUACGUGGCCUGAAACGCCAGUCCGACGAGCGGAAACGCGACCGUGAGAUUGGGCAGUAUACCAAUGGAGAUCAUAAGGUCGAGCUACGGCCUUUCCUCAGUGAACCUGAGCUGCUAGGAGUUGGUGGACAAAUGGGAGGCUUGAGCCGGGAUAGUGGCUACCAAACCCUGCCAAACAUAGGUUUGGCUGGCUCAUCUUCAAGACUAAACCAGUCAACAAACAUUUCAUCAUAUGUCACUCUCAGAAGAGGAGUCACCACCACAAGCUUGAAGGAGAGACCAAAGAGUGCCUUGGAGCGUCUCUACUCCGGGGAGCCUGCGCAGCAGCGUGGUCGCAUGAGUGCCGAGGAGCAGCUGGCAAGAAUGAAGCGUCACCAAAAGGCUCUGGUACGGGAGCGUAAGAGAACGCUCAGCCACGGCGAGCGCCAGGCCUCCUCAUCUCGCACCUCUUCCGUCUCCAGGCCGGUGUCUGCUGACCUGGGAUCAGUACGUUAGAGCAUAAUGACACAUGCCAUCCUCCUGAGAGGACUCACGCCUUGACAUAAACAUACAUUCAGCUAUUUACACUGUUUUGAAAGAGAACUGUAAGGUUUUGGCGUGAUCGCGCUCAGCAUUUUACUUAAUAGUGUCUGCAGGUUAGUGGGUAUGUGAGAAGAGUUGUGGAAGAAGGGAGAGAGUCGGUCUCUAGGAUAAGAAAAGACAAGUGAUGCUAUAUGCCAAUGAAAGAUGAAGAUAAAUGUGUUUAGAAGACUGAUAAUGAAAGUUGCAUUGAGCUUCUUAUUCACGAGUGUAAUAAGAUUCUUAUUUAGUUGAAACUGAUGGUAAUGGUAUUAAAUCAUGGAAAAUGGAUGUCAAGGGAGUAUCUCCCAUGUGUAGUGAGUCAACACUGUGUCUUUUUACCUGGGGGCUUUUCAUUAAGAGUCUGUAUGCCCAAGGCAACACUAAUAUCAGAAUGCUCCUUUAACCUCUUACACGUUAACCCAAUGCUCCAGAUUUGAGUUAAAGGUAAGCUAGUGGUCUCAUAAGAAUAUCUGAAUCACAAGCUCUCAAGCCUUUUAGCUGUCCAUCACUCAUCUGUAAUGAUUUUCGUGUAGCUACAGGCUGACAUUCCUAGACGCUGUUGUGCUUACCUCACUUAUUUAUUUUUUAGCUUUUUUCACAAAUUUCACCUGAUUUUGCUGCCAUAACUCACUUUCUAAUCACCUAAGUCAUUAAAAACCUGCUAAAUUAAAUUACUUUCUUUUUAGCCACGCAAUGCAUUUUUUUACACAGAAUGGAGAGGUGAUUUUAUGUCUUUGGUGUCAUUGUUUUAGUGUGUUUUUUUUAAUACAUUUUAUUGACAUUUUAAAAAAUGUGACUUAACCUCACCUUACAUUCAUCUUUUAUUAAGCCCUUUAAUGGUGUUAUCAUUUUACAUUAUGUUCUACCAGUUUGUAUUAGCAUGUACAGCAUGCAUUUUGAAUAGGCGGAUAGAAGCAUGUUUGAAUGAAGUAAAUAAGUGAGCGCUGUGGCAAAUAUAUAUGUAUGUGCCUGCCUCUUGCCAUCCUUGCAGUACUUACUGAGCAUGUUUUUUUAAUCACUUGUACAGUAAUAGCAGUAUAACAGCAAAUAUAGCGUAAAAGGAAAAUCAGUUUAUCAGCCUCGCUUUCCUUUAUUUUUUUUAUGUAGAUGUUUGCACACAAGAAAAUAAACACAUUGCUAGUAAAAAGUAAUACAGGGUCAUUCGUCUUUUUCUGUGUACUGUGAAAGUGAAACUAAAAAUUAUUUCCAGACACACUGGUUUAUUUUGUGGAGUAAGCACAAUGAAGCCUUGGAAUGAAGCAUGUAUAUGAUCUUGCAGAUAGAGCUUUUUAUUGCAUGAUUCUUGGAGUGAUGUAAAUUACGGUUUGAGAGCUUGAAGACACAUGACAAACAAUUACUCCACUUCACUGUACAUUACACCGAAGUGUAGGAUCAUAUGGUAUGUUUUUUUUUUUAGGGCUACACUCAUUUUGGGUUUCAUUUCACUUGAAAACACCGAGAUCAUUUUAGCCACGUCACAAAACGUCGGCGGCCAUUCACUCAUCUUUUGGGCUGAGGAACUUGAGAGACAUCUCUCGGCUGCUGCAGCGGAUCGGUUCCCCUUCAGUUGGUCUUGAUGUUAUGUUGUGAGACAGACAGGGGACAUAUCUUAACACGCCAAGGCAUUGUGCCCCAUCACAACCUCAAUAGUAGCGACACUGACUAGACUAGCAAGUCACAAGUGAGCGGUAUUGCGAGACGAAACCUUCCAGUUGGAUCAGUACUUGGUAACCUACUGAGAGGCUACUACCGACGGCCCUCACGGACGGUGGCGUCCAUCUCUAUUAGCAAAUCGCCGCCCGGGGCCAUAAAGAACACUGGGGAAACACUGCUCUCCUCAUUGAAGAGUGUGCUAUGGAGGCCACAUCCUACCAUAAGGGAAGGUUACGUGUGGAGACACCAACAUGGUCUCACCAGUGGGGAGAUCAACAUGCGAAAAACUGCACCAGCCCGAGUAGGGGGUACAGGAUCCAGGCGGGGUAACCCAUCGGAGGGGAGCUCUCAGGUUCGCCAACAGGGGAACCAAGAGUGAGGAAUUCAACAUACGGGUCAACCUUGCAGGGAAGUCACUGCGUAUGGGGCAACAUUCCGAGUAUAGGUGUCCACUUGAGCAGGGAUGACUCUACCAGUACUGGACUUGGUUCUAAUAGACCGCUCCGCCUGGCCCGUUACCACAAUUGACAAUGCUUAGUGAUGGAUGAAAUGCCUGUACUUUACCCUAAGGGGGGAAGUAGGGAGUCUAGAAUUGCCCGGGGAGGGUUAGAAGGCCCUUUCACAGGCGUACGCCCAACCCAGUUGCCGGCCUCACACGCCGGUGGCGUCUAGGACAUGGGCUGACACUGGUUCCACACAGAGGUUGUCAAACCUCACAAUGGAACUGGGCAUAGCCCAACCCAGAGCACUAUAUAUGGCUGCCAGAGAGGGGCCCUGCAGCAGUGCCCACGAGGAGGUCAUACCCUGGGUUGGAGUGGGCUCUCACUGCAAGCGGGCACGGGCGAUCUUGGGACUGGUAUGCCAAAGUAAUGGUAUCCACAAUCCAGUGCGCCAAUUUCUGUUUGGAGACCUCCCACACCUGGGGCUGUCCCCCAAAACAGACAAAAAGCUGCUCAGAGCUUCUAAGGCUCUGCGUGCGGUCCAAGUAGAGGCGCAGUGCAACAGAAUUUGGUGACCAGGUCAUGUUGACCGAGGGACUUACCCUCCACAAGAUCGCGGCAAUAAUAGCUACAUAUAUUUUAGUGUGGAUGGGGAGAGGUUGCUUAAGAAAAUCGCCUAAGAAAGCAGAUGGGGUAGUGGCCACGCUCACAAAGAACGUAGCCAGCCAAAGAAGCAACACCUUAAUUGCCAUGUUCUCGCAUGCAGAACAUGCCCGAUCGACAAACCACGACAUGCUGGCAGCUGCAAGAAAUUAGCUCUUUUAGAUCUGUAGCUCGCUGCUAAGACGCCCAGGGGAAGACCUCACCAAGAGGGAGAAAUCCGCUGCACCACGUUGUACAUCCAGCAGUCUUGAAGAUAAUCUCGAAGAGAGAAGCGCUGUACAUAUGUGUCAAGCAGGUUCCGAAGAGCAAAGGUUCCUUUUAUACCCGUAUUUACGGGGCGGGGACUGGCGUGCGGGUGACAUUAGCCAAGCCCCUUGGUCUUUUAAAUUCCUCUCGGAGAUGAUAGGUUCUCAAGAUCAAACCCCAUUUUGUCUCUUAACGUCGAGAGACCCACUGAAGGGGAAUCUCAUUUAACAGAAUAUGUAUUGAUGCAGACAUUAAUCAAUUGCAUUGGUUCAUGGGAAUUUUUAAAGAAAUCUUCGACACUUUUAAAAUGUUGAAUUUGAAUCCAUAGAUAUAAAAUAUUUCAUAUUUAAAUGCUCAUAUGGAUGUUUUACCUAGAGAUCAUUUACAUUUUUAAAGGUCCAUUAUAUACAAUUUUGCAUCAUCUAGUGGUGAGGUUGUGGAAUACAACCAACGGCUCACUCAAUUCCUCCCUUUCCAAGCACUGUGGCUGACACAUAACUAUGAGGUCACUUCUUUGCCGAAGAAGAUAACGAAUUUACGAAACGCGUUCUGUAGAGAAGAUUAUGCAUUUAGGGCUACUGUAGAAACAACAUGGAGAAUUCCAUGCAAGGGGACCCUGCGCUGUAUGUAGAUAGAAAUAGCUCAUUCUAAAUUAUUAAAAACAUAACAGUUCAUUAUGUAAGGACUUUAUAGACCUCUGAAGUUAUGUAUGUUAUAUUCCAUUUCUGUCAAUAGAUCCUCUGAAAAAAAAUCAAACAUUGGGCCUUUCAAAAAAUAUUCAAAUUGAUUACAAUUUGUAUUCAAGUCAUUUUUUUUCAUUGACCCCAAAACAAACGGUGAUUCUUAAUGAUCAGGGCUGCGUUUCCCGAUAACGUUGUCUCUAAGCGCGCUACGACGACUCAAGGCACACCUUAACUCAAGAUAUACCUUUUCUAGGCGUUUUCCCUGAACUAUACCUUUUGAGGUUAAUAGGUAAACCUUCUUAAGUGCGACGUUAGCAGAUGCUGUCCAUGAUGGUGGUGCUGAAUAGGUUGAUAUGGAUCCCUCGAGAAUCGAUUGUUCGCUCUACCUUGCUUUAUAGAGUGGGUACAGUAUUGAGAAACAAUGUUUAUUAUAAAGAAACACUUUAGAAACAGUGGAAAUUGCAUUUAUCAGGGCUCACUGAAAUAGUAUAAAUAAAGAAAGAAAUAUGUGUGUGUAUGUAAUUAUAAUCUUGCAAUUGUCCGAUCCCACCCCCUCACAGGCUUCACUUGUUUUUGGAAGGGUCAUUUAUAUUCUCAUAGUUUGCAAUCGUGUGUUCAUGUUCUCCACGAUCUGUGUCGAUUCACAUUAUUGGCUUAAAUCGCUCAUUCGUGUAAGGGGAUAAGUCCAUCCAGAAUGCCAAUUACUCGCGGGACACCCGCAAUUGCAUGUUCUCUAAUAAAAUUGUGCAAAUAACUGGCACCGCGGACGGCGUCGUCUUUGAUUUUCACUUCCCGAAGUGUAUUAAACCUGAUUAUUUUAAAACAAACUUUAAGUAAAAAUAUAAAUUUAACACUAAAUUGAAUUUUAUAUGAAAUUAUCAUAUAAAAUUUUAUAUGUGAAAUUAAAAUGCGAUGUAUAAAAGCUUUUUGCAUAGCGAUAUGAACCAUCAAAAGCGAUAGAAGGUAUAGCUAAGUGCGGUCCAGACCAACCUUAAGAAAGGAUGACUUACAGAAGGUAUUCUUAACUAAGAAGGUUUCGGGAAACCCAGCCCUGAACAUUCAACAUUAUUAUACCAUUUCAGACACAUGAGUUCUAAGAUGGUUAUGUGUGUGAGGUGAAGAUUAGCUCUGUGUGUCUGUGUG